UCGGUUUAUCGAUUUGUAUAACCAAUUUUACGGCUAUCAAAUAUUCUGUUUUGACUCUUAAUCUUUAUCAGCCAUUAUAUUUUUCUUUUAAAUUCUUAUUUUCGGCGUGUAAAUUAAGCUUCGAAAAAUGAAUUUGUUACCAAAAACUCACGAAGAAUUCGCAACGGUUGACUACUGGAAUACUUUCUUCAAAAAGCGUGGUGAAAAGGCUUUCGAAUGGUAUGGCGAGUAUUUGGAAUUGUGCGAACAGAUUCACAAAUAUAUCCGGCCCAAUGACAAAAUUCUUAUGGUAGGCUGUGGUAAUUCCAAAUUGAGUAUGGAUAUGUAUGACUCUGGCUUUAAAGACGUAACUAACAUUGAUAUCUCCGCUGUGGCUAUUAAGAAAAUGCAAGAAAUUAAUGCCCGUAAUCGUAGCGAUAUGAAAUUCCUGCAAAUGGAUGCCACCAAUAUGAGUUUUGAUAACGAACAAUUCUCUGUGGCCCUGGACAAAGGUACAUUGGACGCAUUGUUUGUCGAUGACAGCGAAAGUACACAGAAAACAGUGGAAGCAUAUUUCAAAGAAAUCGGACGUGUAUUGCGAAAUGGUGGUCGCUACGUGUGCAUUACUCUGCUGCAGGAACACAUUUUAAAAUACAUUGUUGAAUAUUUCCCCAAAAAUGCAUUUAUGCUGCGUAUUGUUCAUUGUCCCGAUGCGGAUAAGGCUAAUCAGGAGAAAAAUAUCGAUAAUCCCGAUGCAGUUUCGAUGCCGGUGUUUACAAUUGUCGCCACAAAAUUCAAAUCAUUGCCAAUGCCGAUUCUGGAAUUCAGCUAUAGCAGUGAUAAAAUACAACGUUUCACGUCCGCCCUAGAUUUACAAAACUCGGUAAAAUCCUUGCAAACUGCUGCGGUAGUGUGCAAUGGUCUUGGUCGUACUGAUGUGGUGGGUCACAAUGAUGUUAGCAUAGAUUUGUGUAAACCGGGCGAGAACAGUCCCCGAUAUACGGUGCAUAUAGUGGAUCAACCCCCUGCCAGAGGUUUGGGAAAAUAUGCUGCUUUUAUUGUACCACAAGGAAGAGAAGUCGAAUGGUUGUUCGCCACCUCGAAGGGUCGCAAAAAACUUUUGGAACAAUCCAAAUUCCAACGAAUGGCUGUUGUAACAUUGCAUCGUGAUCAGAGCUAUCAAUCAAUGGAUGAAGUUAAGGCUGAAUUGGGGGAUAGUGUAAAGAGUUUUGCUCCCAUUGGUUUGAAAGAACAGAUCCCAUUUCUGUCAAUUGGUGCUGAUAUGGGUACUCGUACAACUCUGUUCAAAGGCAAAUCAGAUAUAUCAGGUGAUUUCUUGGUCGAAGAAAUCAAAGGUUCGGAUGGCAAAACUUUUCGACGCCUGAUUUUUAUGAACAAUCAAGCUGUUGUGCAGUCAGAGGCAUUGAUUAAAAAAGUUAAAAUUAAAGGCAAGGAUCAUGAUAAGAUUGACUUUGGCUAUUUAGCUUGUCAACAUCAUGCCUACAUGUCUUUGGGUGUGCAAUUGGUCGCCGAGUCCCAGGAGCAAGUGAAAAAAGUAUUGAUUAUUGGUUUGGGCGGUGGAGGUCUUUGUAUGUUCCUGCAUGAGGCCAUGCCAAAUGUUCAUAUAACUGCUGUGGAUAUUGAUCCCGCAAUGGCGAAUGUGGCUGAACAGUACUUUGGACUUCAGAAAGACGAUCGAAUGCGUGUAAUAAUUGAAGAUGGCUUAGAGUACCUGAAGAAUGUAUCAGAGCAAGGUCAAACAUUUGAUGCUAUUCUCUUUGAUGUUGACAGCAAAGAUCUGACACUGGGCAUGAGUUGUCCACCACCAGCAUUUAUGUCCAAUGAAGUCUUAACAAAUCUCAAAACGAUUUUAAGUGAAAAUGGUCUAUUCAUACUGAAUUUAGUUUGUCGCGAUGAAAGCUUAAGAGAUAAAACUAUUGACGAUUUGAAAACAGUCUUUCCCUCAAUGUGUUCCUAUCAAUUGGAUGAGGAUGUCAAUGAAAUUGUUUACUGUGCAAACAAUGGAAAAUAUAAAAAUCUAGCCGUAUGGAAAAAGUGCCUUGGAACGUCGGGACAAACGCUAAAUCAGGCAGCAAAAAAGAAAAAACUAUGCCGAGAUGAAGUUUUAGAUGUCACCGAAUUUUUAAAUGAAUUGAAAAUAUAAAAUAAUUUUAAAUUCUCAAAAAUCAA